AUGCAGGAACAUGUUGAUGGAGAAGAUCAUAUUUGUUUCAUAUUAAUGAAUAAUAUUCAACAAUUAAGAUUAAAUUUAGAACAACUAUAUGAAUUAAUGAGUGAUGGACAAUUAGAUGAUGAAACCAAAGUUCGACUUACUGAAUUACAAAAACAAUUAAGUGAUGUACUUGAUGAAUUAAGUACUAUAUUUGUUAAAAGUAUUGAACCAAUGGGAAAUAAUAGUGAACAACGAAUAGGUGCUAAAGCUAUGAUUGUUACAAAAUCAUUAUUGGAUUAUCUUGAUCAAACGUACGAAAAUUUCUAA